AUGGUGUCAGUCAAGUCGAUACUUCUUGCCGCGAUGGCCACGGUAGCAUAUGCUGCCCCAUGCCAACCGACAUUUGUGCCCACUCUUCCCAAGACUGGAGGUGCCCGAGAACUCCCCUCACCACCACCGAGCUUCACCCUCAAGAAGAUUGCCGUCGGCCAUGGUAUCCAAAAUUACACAUGCGUCGACACCACCUCUGCCCCUAAGGCCGAUGGUGCCGUUGCUAUUCUCUACGACGUGACAAAGUACGCCCCAGGAACGCCAAAGACCGGCAUUGCCAAAGCACUCUGGGAUAGGAUCCCCUCUGCGCUUCUCCUCAAGCCUCUGACUCUCAACAAGCUCGCGGGAACCAAGUAUGGUGCUCAUGCCACAGCGCCAUUCCCCAAGGAGGAGGACCUGAAGCUGCUCGGUUUUCCCAUCGCCGAGUAUCUUGGCCAUCACUACUUCGACAUCAGCAGCACCCCGAUGUUCGACCUCAACCGGGUCGGGCUCAAGGCCAGUGUGACAAAGUUGGAUAAUGUGGAUGCCCCUGCCAACGCUGACAAGGGCCCUCUCAAGACUGGAGCCGUGGCCUGGCUCCAGCUUGGAGACAGCGGGAAGGGCCUCUCGAGUGGGAUCACCCAGGUUUACCGUGUCAUCACAGCCGGUGGCGUGGGGCAAAAGUGCGGUGUUGCUGGUGUCGGUGUGCACAGCGUUCCUUACACCACCUUUUACUGGUUCUUCUAA